AUCAGAGAGAGCAAUUUGAUUCUCUCUGUAUAAAUAACUUCAUAUUCUUUAAUUUUCUAUCUUUUUAUUCAUUAUUAUUUUCUUAAAGAAAAUUACUAACACAUACAAAACCGUAAUAUAGAGAAUAUCAAUUGAUUUCGGGGAGGCAGAGAUAGUAACAGAAUCAUGGACCCUUCGAUAAUGAAGCUCAUGGAAGAAGACGAGGACGAAAGUAUGCAUUCAGGUGCUGAUGUGGAGGCUUUUCAGGCUGCGCUAAAUCGAGAUAUUGGAGGAGAUGCUCAACCAUCUGUAUUGUCCAAUGAAACCAGUCAAAUCCCAAGUUUAGCAUAUCCAAAUUGGCAACAGAAUGAAAAUACUAAUGUUUCAACUCAGCAACAACAAACAGCAGGAACAACAACGCAGCAGCAGCACUUAUUAGUAACAGAGAUAAAGCAGCAUGGGUCUGCUGGUGAGAAUCAGCCACUACGGAAUGUUGUCAAACGGGAAUCUACUGCCCUCCCAUUACAUCAGAAACAACCCCAAGGAAAUAUUGGAAUCCAGACAUCUGGAAGAACUCCUUUGCCAGUAUCUGAGCCUGAGAAAAUGCAAGUUUCAGACACUGAAUCCCAAUACUUGAAGGUACAGAAGAUGGGUAAUCAACAAACUAUGGGCAUGAAGCUAUCAUUUGAGUCAUUGCUCCCUUUUUUAAAGCCCCAUCUUGAUAAAGACAGAGAGAUGCACCUUCAAACUCUGUUUGACGAACUCAGGAAAAGUAAAAUUGUGAAAGAACAAUUUGUCAGGCUUAUGAAAGGUAUUGUAGGGGAACAAGCCCUUAGAUUGGCACUUGCACAAUUGCAAUCUCAGCCAGGUUCUAACCAAUCGCAGUUACAAUCUCAAGCUUUUGCACCUCAACACAAUGUGAGGAUGCCUAUUAGUGCUACUGUGUCUUCUGCAGUCCAAGCGCAGGCUGAUUCUAGCUGUCCGUCUGCAGAAAAUAAUGCUCAGAAAUCUCAAGAGGUGGAAUGCCAGCCGAACUCUCAUGGAAUGCAAGUAAGCCAGUUGUCUUCCUCCAGUACCAGGGCACUCAGUCAAGAUAGCAACUGUUCUUUGAUCUCAGUGCCAGGCCAUAAUAAGCAGCAGCAGCAGGAACAGCAACAUUUGCACUUUCCACAGAAUUCCUUUCCAAUGUAUGGUAAUAAUAGUGGUACUCAUCGCCCAUAUUCUGGAACAAACUUCAAUACUUCAGGGUCAUCCAUGAGGCCACAGUCUCAUGAUUUACAAAUGAGGAAAAUAUCACAUCCAACCACUGGUGCAACUCAAAUAGGAGGUUCAGCGCAGGCAAUGGACAUGAUAAAGGUGUCAAAAUUUGAGAGACCAAAUUCUGGUACUGAUCCCAAUAAAGUACAAAGUGGUUCUGCGGCCCAAUAUACAAACAAAUCGGCAUUACAACCAAAUUCAGCUCCAUGGCAACCACCCACAAACAAAGAGCAAAAAUCUUCUCCAUUUCCAUCAAAAAAUUAUGUGAAACAAGAACCUGUUGAACAGGCCACCGAGCAGCAUCAGAAAUCCCAGUUAUCUAACCCUCAGGAUUUGUCUGCUGCACCAGUUGAACAGGGGAAUGCAGUGACAAGCAAUUUAAAGGUCGACUCUUUAGAGAAGCAGUCUUCUAAAGUUGGUAUCUCUAUACCUAGUAGUAUGGUGCCCUCAAGUUCAGUUUCUACUUCCAUUGCGACCCGAUUGGACCCUAUCAUCCAGGUUGGCUCUCAAAUCCAAUCUAUAGCUGCUUCUCCUGGAGUUAAUGCAAGAACACCUCCAAAAAAGCCUUUAAUUGGCCAAAAGAAGCCGCUUGAAGCACUUGGUUCAUCACCACCAAUGUCGAGUAAAAAGCAAAAAAUAUCAGUGGCCUCUUCGGAUCAAAGCAUUGAACAGCUCAAUGAUGUCACUGCUGUCAGUGGAGUUAAUCUAAGAGAAGAAGAAGAACAACUAUUUUCUGGGUCCAAGGAGGACAGUCGAGUUUCAGAAGCAUCUCGGAGGGUAGUGCAAGAAGAAGAAGAAAGACUGAUUUUACAGAAAACUCCACUGCAGAAAAAAGUGGCAGAGAUCAUGGCCAAAUGCGGUUUGAAGUAUAUCAACAGUGAUGUGGAGAGAUGCCUGUCCUUGUGCGUGGAGGAAAGAAUGCGUGGGUUAGUAAGUACCCUGAUCAGGCUAUCAAAGCAGCGGAUUGAUGCUGAGAAACCUAAACACCGGACUGUAAUUUCCUCGGAUGUUCGGCAACAGAUCAUGACAAUGAACCGGAAAGCUAAGGAAGAAUGGGACAAAAAGCAGGCUGAAUCAGAAAUGCUCCAAAAAGUUAAUGAACCUGAGGGUGAUACUGGAGCAGAAGGUGACAAGGAGAAAGACGAAGGUCGUGCAAAACCAGUUAAGGCAAGCAAGGAAGAGGAUGACAAAAUGAGGACUACAGCUGCAAAUGUUGCUGCCCGAGCUGCUGUUGGUGGAGAUGACAUGCUGUCAAAGUGGCAACUCAUGGUUGAGCAAGCCCGCCAGAAACGUGAAGCUGGGCCAGAGGCUGCAUCAGGUAUACAGUCAGCUAAAGAUGUUUUCGGCAAGCCUCUAUUAACAUCUGGAAAAGCUGUGAAGGAUGGUCAGGAACCAGAAAAGAGGAGCGCUGCAGUUACCUCCACAGGGGCUAGGAGAUUUGGAAGGAACCAAUCAGUUGCGCCACAAACUAGGCCGGCUCGUUCCAUAUCUGUUAAGGAUGUAAUUGCAGCACUGGAAAGAGAACCCCAGAUGUCAAAGUCUACUUUGAUAUAUCGCUUGUAUGAGAGAAUGCAAUCUGAUGCACUAAUAGAAUAGUAUGUUUGGGCCUGUCCCAGGAGACGCCAUUGGUUGAUGCUGACACAGUAUAGAUUCGUCUGGUGUAGCAGCACUGCUAGUUUACUGCAGGAAAUAGACUUGGCUAUUGUAUCAGACACAGCACUGCUGAGACCUAGUGUAGUAACGGGGCCUGGAAGUUGGGACAAAGACGAUACUGACUUGCUGACCAGAAGUUCUUCUUGAUUCAGUGUUCUCUUCUGGCUCAUUCCUCGUGACCUAUUUAACUGCAAGAGCAGUAUUUGGGUCAUUAUGCUAUGAGCACAACUAAAUUGGUUAAUCAAGUUUUGCUAUGAGAAAAUUUGCAGCUGCGUUGAUUCUAA